UGUUAACAGCUCACUGGACACUUGCUGCAGCGUUUCAGUUCCAGAAAAUCUUCUCAUCUUAUUACAGAUGCUUGUCUUUUUGUUUUUGAGACCGAGGAAAUAAUUUAAUGAUAAAAAGAAGUGAACCAACUGCUGUUAGACAUGUUCACCCCUGAACAACAUGAACAGCAACAAAUCUCCACCUGACAGUAACUCAACAAUCAAACCAGCCGUGGUCCUAAAGAUCAGCAUGUCAGCAUACUUAAUACAGAGACGUCUUCUCUUGCUUUUGUGUCUCCUGCUUCAUCUUAACUCUUCACUGGCUUAUUCACUGAAAGGCUGCGUCAUCAGUUAUUCUGAAGACGCCUCGGCUGAUGUUUCUUUGGACUGCUCAGGUCGUGAACUUGUUACUGUCCCUGAUGACAUCCCCAGAGAUGCAAGCUCAGUAAAACUCUCUAACAAUCAGCUUGAACAGAUUAACAGGCAAGAUUUUGGCCACUUGUCAAAGCUGAGAAAUUUGUUCCUAGACUCAAAUCAGAUUGCUCAUGUAGACGAUGGAUCUUUCAUUAAUUUGGUGGCACUGACAAACCUCUACAUGAAUGAUAACAAUCUCACCAGGCUGACAGGCAACAUCUUUCAGGGACUGUCCAACCUCACCACGCUUGACCUCGGAGGAAACAACAUUCAGUUCAUUCAUUCCUCGGCCUUCCAGUUCCUGUCCAGUUUACAGACUGUGAUUCUAAAAGACAACAAGCUCCAACAAGUCACUGACAUUCAGCCCAUCUUACAGCUACCACACCUACAGGAGCUGAACAUUAGAGCAAAUCUAUUUACCUCCUUUCAGACCAAAGAUCUGCUGCUGAACAUGUCCUCAGGCCUGAAGAAGUUAGACGUUUCUGAUAAUGCUAAGUUAGAAAAGUUCAGCAUCACAACACAGAUCUUUCCUCACCUUGAGAUGAUAGACCUUUCUGGAAGUGGUCGAGCUGCUGGCUUGAAAUGGGACAUACCUGACAAGACUUUACUAAGGAACAUAACUCAGCUGGAUUUCAGCGGCACUUUGAUUCCUUUUGAAGAGAUCCAAAAAGUCCUGCAGAGUCUUGACUCACUGAUGCAUCUGAGGCUGAGUUAUAUGGAGACGUUUAUCCAGAAAGGUCUCUUAGCUACAGUGUGCAAAAUACUGACACUAAGGAGGCUGGAUCUGUUGUACAACAGUGUUCCCAAAUUAAGUUCAAAACUUGUAACUUGCUCUCAGCUUAAUGAGCUCGACUUGUCUAAUACUAACACGAGUGAACUUCCUAAAGGCUCGAUGAGAUUGAUGAAGAGUCUGAGGUCCCUAACUCUAGACUUCAACUUUCUCACCAAAGUGCCAGAUGACAUUAGGAGUCUCUCCUCCCUCGAGGUUCUACGUCUUAGUGCCAAUCGUAUCUCUGAGUUGACAUGUGAGGAUUUCAUAAACACAACGCGACUUACAGAGCUCUAUCUGGACAAAAACCGCAUUGCCAAACUGGACAGGUGUGUCUUUGAAAAUCUUAAUGAUCUGAAGGUUUUAGAUAUGAGUAACAACUUGCUGUGGACAUUUGGAGGCGCCUUCAAAACAGGACUGCAGAAGCUUGAGUUCUUGAAUUUGAACAAAAACUUUAUAUCUACUCUUGAAAAGGGGGAUUUUAAAGGUUUAGGUUCCCUAAAAUAUUUGGAUCUGGCAUCAAAACAUAUUGGAAGUGUGAAAAGUAACGCUUUUGAUGGAUUGAACAACCUCAGAACUCUUCAAGUGUCUCUACCACUUGGAUUUGAAAAUAAAUUCAGAGGUUUACAACAGUUGGAAAAUCUCACAGUCUACUUUGAUAUUGACAGCAGUUUCAAAAGUCCUCAUUCAAACUUCUAUAAAGCUUUGUUCCAUUUAAAAUCUUUGAAACUUUUCACAAUAAUAUACACAGGUGAUCACUCUGGCUUCCCCUUUGAAAUACUGAUGGAUAUUCUUCAGGCUAUGAAACAUUUAGAGGACUUCACAGCUGAGAAUUUAUAUAUUUCUGCGCCACGUCCUGAUACAUUUAUGUACAAUUCCCAGCUCAAGCGUCUGACAAUCAGUCAGACUGAUUUGUCAGAUUUGGGUCCUGAACUGUUUCAGCCAAUCCCAAACCUGCAGGCUCUCGAUCUCUCUUACAGUAAGCUCAAAUCUUUGGAUUUUCUGGCCCAGGCCGACCUGUCUGCACUCACAUUUUUAAAACUGAGUGACAAUGACAUUACAGUGAUCAACGAGACGGUCUUCCAGUCUCUCCCUGCACUCACAUAUCUGGACCUGGACAAUAAUCCUUUCACCUGUGACUGCUCUAACGCCGGCUUUAUCCAAUGGGUGAAGAACAACAACCAAACUCAGGUUGUUAACGCCCAUAUGUACACCUGUUCCUUUCCUGUGGUGGAGCAAGGAAACAAGUUGCUGGACUUUGACAUCCAGUCCUGUUGGAUGGACGUCGGCUUCCUCUGCUUCAUUUGCAGCACUUGUCUGACUUUGCUAACUCUUCUCGCUGCCUUCGUCUUCCACUUUCUGAGGUGGCAGCUAGCCUACGCAUACUACCUCUUCCUGGCCUUCCUCUAUGAUAGCAGGAAGAGGAAGAAGAACGGAGCUCCUCACCAAUACGACGCCUUCAUCUCCUACAACGUUCACGACGAGGCCUGGGUUUACAGAGAGAUGCUUCCAGUGCUGGAAGGAGAGCAGGGCUGGAGGCUCUGUCUGCACCACAGAGACUUCCAACCAGGGAAACCCAUCAUGGACAACAUCACAGACGCCAUCUAUGGCAGCAGGAAGACCAUCUGUGUGAUCAGCCAGCGCUACCUGCAGAGCGAGUGGUGCUCCAGAGAGAUCCAGAUGGCCAGCUUCCGCCUGUUUGACGAGCACAAGGACGUGCUGAUCCUGCUGUUUCUGGAGGAGAUCCCGGCCCAGCGGCUGUCUCCGUACUACCGCAUGAGGAAGCUGGUGAAGGGACGCACCUACCUGAGCUGGCCGCAGGCCGGCCAACACAAAGGAGUCUUCUGGCAGAACGUCAGCAGAGCUCUGGAGACCGGGGACGCUCCCACAGAGACCGCAGACCUCCUGACUGGACCGGCAGGAUGCUGAGUAUAUUACCGGACCUGCGAGGUUCCUUACAGUUGCAAUGAAAAACAAGAAGAGAAAGAGAAAAUAUAAGAGAUUCAGAUUCUCCUGAAAAUGAGUUUCUUGAGCUGGGACCACAUAUUGAGUUGCUGAAUAAGCAGAGAGUCAUAACUCAGUCAAAUAUGAGUUUUAAUCAUAAAGUUGUAAUUCAAUUUUCCAAAAUGUCAACUAAAAUAGGAUUAAAGAAAAACAACAUUCCACUUCCUUCUUGCAUCCCCUAAAGCAUGAU